AUUUGUGCUAACAAAAAAAAUAAAAUAGUGUCGGCAAGGUUUCAGUUUCAAGAAUGAUAGAGAGACGAGAAAGAAAGUGACAAUUUAAUGGAAAAAAGUUUAAAUCUUUUUGGCGUUAAACAUCAUAAAAAUCAAUACUAUCGGUUACUAGUAAUAGUGCAUUAAAUGGGGAACCGUUUCUCUCACAGCAAACAUCAUCAUCAUAAUCAACAAGGUCCCCCAUUUUCCUUACCUACACAACAAACCCACAAUACCCAGAUGGGGUUGGCUUUGCCUUAUGCUCAUGUUGAUUCCAAUUUGCGUGGUCUUGCUGGUCAAGCAGAGGGUUUUGGUGCUUCUUCCAUUGGUGGUCGUGAUGGUCAUGUUUAUCAAGUUGUUAAUCUUAAUGCUUCUUCUAUGCUUUUGCUCUUGGCUUUCUUAUCUUUCAUGUUUUCCGUUCCACAUCUUCCCUUGAGCCGAGGGUCUAUUGGAAACAACCUCUCUACCUCCCAAGAUGAUGGGCCAGGAUCACUUAGAGAUGGAUGUCGUAAAAAAGAACCUUUGUGGAUUGUCUUUGAAGUUUCAGGGACCAUUGAGCUCCGUUCUCAUUUGAGUGUGUCCUCUUUCAAAACUAUUGACGGGCGAGGCCAAAAAAUCAAACUCACAGGGAAAGGUUUGAGGUUGAAAGAAUGUGAACAUGUUAUCAUCUGCAAUCUAGAGUUUGAGGGAGGUAGAGGACCUGAUGUUGAUGGCAUUCAGAUUAAACCAAAGUCAAGGCAUAUUUGGAUAGAUCGUUGUAGCCUUAGCGAUUAUGACGAUGGUUUAAUUGACAUCACAAAAGAGAGCACAGAUAUUACUGUUUCUAGGUGUCACUUUUCAAAGCAUAAUAAAACAAUGCUUAUUGGAGGAGAUUCUUCUAAUUGUGGUGACAGAUGUAUGAGGGUCACCAUUCACCAUUGUUUUUUUGACGGAACUAGACAGCGGCAUCCUCGUGUUAGAUUUGCCAAAGUACAUUUGUACAAUAAUUACACCAGGAACUGGGGAAUUUAUGCUGUUUGCGCAAGUGUAGAAUCACAGAUAUAUUCACAAUGCAACAUAUAUGAAGCUGGACAAAAAAAGGUGGCCUUUAAAUAUCUAACAGAGAAGGCAGCUGACAAGGAGGAAGCAUGUACUGGUAGCAUUAAAUCUGAAGAUGACUUGUUUGUUUGUGGAACUCAGGCUGGUUUAUUGUCUACUUACAGCGAAAAUAACGUCUUCAAUCCAUCCGAGUUCUACCAAACCUGGACUGUUGAACGUCCCAGCGAUGAUCUCAAACACUACCUUCAACAUUGUACAGGAUGGCAGUGUAUUCCGCGGCCAAAUUGAUCAACCUUUCUCCAGCUGUUUAGGAUAACGUAAAUGAAUAGAGACUAUUACUACAAGUCUACAACCUCAUUUAUCGUCGAUUUGUUGUUACUAUCAUCUCCUGUCUUGCUUUGUAGUCUAUUAUUGUUGUCAUUAUAUCUAUGUAUUAUAUAUGUUAACAUAAACUUCAACCAGUGAAGUAAGAAAUUCCUACAAUUUCUCAUGCU